AUGGCUGACGCUGGACGCAAAGAUUUCCUUACCAAGGCUCAGGAGGAGUUGACUCCCGAUUCCACCAAGUCCCAGCAGGACAAGAUUGGUGAGGCCUUCACUGAUACCAAGGACCGCAUCGCUCGUGGUGCUCAACCCGAUGACAGCAAGGGUACCGCCCAGAAGGUAUUCGACAAGGGCCAGCGUGCCUCUGACAACAACAGCGGCGGUGCUACCCAGACCAUUGGCGAGAAGGUUAAGGGUGCCCUUGGAAUGGACACCAAAUAA